GCCCCCGGCCUCCCCUCGCGCCGGGUCGGUGCUGGCGGCGCUCCUGGUGCUUCCACGCUGAGCCGCUCAGAGCAAUGAUUAACCCGGCAGGGCUGCCGGCGCGGGGCCCGGGGCGGAGGCGCGGGGCCGGGGCGGGACCCCGCAGGGCCGCUGGGCUUCCUGCUCUCGCCCAAGUUUCCGUGUAGAGGGCGCAGCGCCGGCUAGGGCCCGCGGAGCCGCGUGGCGCAGGGCGCGGCGCCGGACGCGCGUGGGCGCGGAGCGAGCGGCCAGGUCACCAUGAGGACUCUCCGCAGGUUGAAGUUCAUGAGUUCGCCCAGCCUCAGUGACCUGGGCAAGAGAGAGCCGGCCGCCGCCGCGGACGAGCGAGGCACGCAGCAGCGCCGGGCCUGCGCCAACGCCACCUGGAACAGCAUCCACAACGGGGUGAUCGCCGUCUUCCAGCGCAAGGGGCUGCCAGACCAGGAGCUCUUCAGCCUCAACGAGGGUGUCCGGCAGCUGCUGAAGACGGAGCUGGGGUCCUUCUUCACGGAGUACCUGCAGAACCAGCUGCUAACGAAAGGCAUGGUGAUUCUCCGGGACAAGAUCCGCUUCUACGAGGGACAGAAGCUGCUGGACUCCUUGGCAGAGACCUGGGACUUCUUCUUCAGUGACGUGCUGCCCACACUGCAGGCCAUCUUCUACCCAGUGCAGGGAAAGGAGCCAUCGGUGCGCCAGCUGGCCCUGCUGCACUUCCGGAACGCCAUCACCCUCAGUGUGAAGCUGGAGGACGCGCUGGCCCGGACCCACGCCCGCGUGCCCCCUGCUAUUGUGCAGAUGCUGCUGGUGCUACAGGGGGUGCAUGAGUCCAGAGGUGUGACUGAGGACUACCUGCGCCUGGAGACACUGAUCCAGAAGGUGGUGUCACCGUACCUGGGCACCUACGGCCUCUACUCCAGUGAGGGGCCCUUCACCCACUCCUGCAUUCUGGAGAAACGCUUCCUGCGCCGCUCCCGUCCCGGAGAUGUGCUGGCCAAGAACCCAGUAGUGCGUUCCAAGAGCUACAACACGCCACUGCUGAACCCCGUGGCCGAGCACGAGGCGGAGGGCUCGGCAUCCGGCAGCACAAGCAUCCGCAGGCAUUCCGUGUCCGAGAUGACGUCCUGCCCCGAGCCCCAGGGCUUCUCUGACACACCCAGCCAGGGCCCUUCGGGGGCCUUCGGGUCCUCCCCGGCCCCCCACUCGGGGCCCUGCCCCAGCAGACUGUGCCCACCCAGCCAGCCCCCGAAGCAGGGCCCAGGCCCGGCCUCUGGCUCCCUGCCCACCUCCAGCCCUGAGCACCUGGUGGACCAGAUCCUGGAAUCCGCAGACUCGGAUUCUGAGGGCAUUUUCAUUGACUUUGGCCCUGGCCGCAGCUCUGGUGUAUCCGACUUUGAGGGUCCUGGGGGCCGGCAGAGCGUUGUGUGAGGGCCUUGGGGCUGGCCUCACAUUUUUACUGAGCCCCACGUGUGCGUGUCCUUGUGGUGUGUGCGUGCGAGACUUUUAUACUGUCCUGGCUAGUCCUCCCAUCGGCCUCUUCACUGGCCUCAGUCACUUUAUACUUCUGGGUCUUUGUUGGAAAUCCCUGCUCAGCCUACUCAGCCUAGGUCUGUUUGGGGAUGUCUGUCUGCAUCACCCAGGUGCACAAGUCAGCCUCGUGGUGUGGGCGGGAUCACUCACUCCCGCCCCAGCCCUCCAGCCCACACCCACCCACAGAGAAUGUAAACCGCUGUGUCCUGCCCAUGCCAGGCCCCAGGAGGCCCAACUCCAGCAGACCUGCCCCUGCACACAUCAGACCUCACUCUGGGCUGCAGCAGGGCCACAGUGUGUGGCUGUCUCAGAAGCCUGCUAGCAGCCUGUCCACCCUCUGCCAAGGGGCAGCCGUGGGGACAGGGGAGGGAGGAAUAAAACCUGUCACCCUG